AUGGAUCGCAUGGGGAUGUUCCAGAUGCCCGGCCUGGUGCAACCGCCACUCACAAGCCAACCACCACAGAUCUUUGGCUCGUACCUCAGCGAUGGCUUGACCAACUUGCAGCAGCUUCCACCGGACAUGACGGCACAGAUGUUUUCUGACUCCAACUUGCUGCUUGACGACAGCCAGGAUGCUAAGAGAAGGAGAAUAGCUAGGACCGAGUGCAUCUUCACCCAGAUUGAAAAGAAAAGGGCGACGCCAAAGGGGGCCAAAUAUAUCGAAGCACUGGAGAACCGCCUAACUCGCAUGGAAAAGCUUCUCCGGCUGGCCGGCAUUCUCGUAAAUGAGGAUGAUGAUCUCGCUGAACUCGAGAAGCGACUUAUCGAAAAGUCAGGGCAUGCAGCAGCCGUUGCUCCAAGCUCAGGCCCCUCCUCGCCCUCUCACCUUACGUCGGAAAGCGAUGCAACGGCUUCCCCCAGAAGCUCCGUUACAUCUCCUGGUCUGCAAAGGGAAAAGGAAAGGGAAAGGGACAAGGAAAAGGACAAGGAUAAGAGACAAGAGGAUAAACAGAAACCGGUUGCCACGCCAGGCAGCCUUCAGGGCGAGGAGGAAGUCGAAGCUUUGUCUGAGAUGAUGUGCUCCCUGGUGACAAAUAAUUGCGGAGAAACCAGAUAUAUUGGCUCUUCGUCUGGGUUUUCCAUUUUCUCGCCAAAGGGCGUCCAAUGGAUUAACAACAAGACCGGCGACGCCACUUUCCAGAAUAUGAUCUCGGAAGUUUCCGAGGACGACCACAAGUGGACAAAUUGGAAGCCUGAAAUAUUCAGCGACCUGUUUCAGCGACCCGUCUUUCGACCCCUGCCGUCAAAGCCCGAGGCCAUGUCCCUGCUCAAGGACUUCUUCGAAAACUUCAACUGCAUGUUUCCGCUCUUCCACCAGCCGACUUUUAUGCACCUGGUCGAACGCCAGUACUCCGAUGAUCCAUACCAGGGCUCCGGUUGGUGGGCCAGUCUAAACUGUGCUUUAGCCAUCGCUCAUCGCCUGCGCGUCAUGAGCAACCUGGUUCCACAAGAGGAGGAUGAAAAGGCGUGGGGUUAUUUGAAAAACGCCAUGAGCGUCUUUGCCGAGCUCACCAUGCGCAACACGGAUCUGUUGAGCGUUCAGGCCCUUCUUGGAAUGGCGCUAUUUAUGCAGGGUACACCCAAUCCCCAGCCAACCUUCCUUUUGAUUGCCGCUGCCAUUCGGCUUUCGCAUAGCAUUGGCCUCCACAAGAAGGGAACGGGAUUCAACCUCAACCCCAUCGAGAUCGAGCAGCGCAAGAGAGUGUUUUGGAUCGCUUACAUGCUGGACAAGGAUCUCUGCCUGAGAUCAGGGCGUCCCCCUGCUCAGGACGAUGACGACAUGAACGUCGAACUUCCCGACGCUGACCCUGAGGAUAACAUUGGAAACAUUCCCCUGGCAGAAGGGAAGGGUAAAAUGAAUUUGUUCCGCGUCAUGUGCGAAUUCGCCGUCAUCGAAAGCAACGUGUACAAGAGACUCUAUUCGGCCAAGGCGGCAAAGCAAUCCGACGGCGAGCUUCUUGCUACAAUUGGGGAGUUGGAUCAAGAGCUAGAGGAGUGGAAGGAUAGAAUCCCCAUUGAUUUCAGGCCUGAACAUGAAAUCAGGGCUUCUCACACGCCCCUUAUCCUCCACAUCGUCAUGGUCCAUUUCACCUAUUACAACUGCUUGACAACAAUCCACCGCAUGUCGAUUCACCAUGGAUUCUGGACAAGCCGGUUGGCCAACUACGCAAUCUCGGGCCAGAAUGUACGGCCACUGAAUCCCAGAGUAUUCUCGUCUGCCAUGCUCUCAACAGCAGCAGCACGGGCAUCCAUUUCUCUACUCAAAUAUAUUCCACAAGGAGACUUUUCUUGUGUCUGGUUGAUUUUGUACUUUCCAGUAUCAGCACUCGUCACCCUUUUCGGCAAUAUCCUUCAAAACCCUCUCGACCAGCGGGCGAAAUCGGAUAUUCGACUAAUGAACCUCGUUGUCACCUUUCUCUCAAUGCUUGGCCAAGAGGCAGAGCAGGGCGGAGUCCAUAGAAUGCUGGGCAUCUGCUCCGAGUUCUGUCGCAUCGCUCAGAGAGUCAUUGAAAAGGCUGAGAGAGAGCAAUCUUCCCGUCGCAAGCGCAAGCCUACGGAAACUCCAGCAAACGGUGAUGCUCGUAACCAAUCCCUGUCGCCGAAUGCUGCGCAUACCGCCAAGUCGACAACCCCAGCAUCUUCGGCCCAUACUCCGCAGCACACAGGCAGCACCGCAACGACGACGCCGCAGUCUAUUGCCCAUGACACCCUAUCGCCCGAAUUUGCUGCCGCACGCUCAUAUCAGAAUGCCGCGAACAAAGCCACGCCGGCAGGGUCGUCGCCGUCAAUCGACUCCAUGGGAUGGGCGCGAGAUUUCCAGGUUCCCCAGGAGAUGGAGUUUGAAUCCUUUGAGGAAAUGACCGGAUUCGGCGGUGACGUCCAGUCGCCACCGGCGCCCAACGGCCGUGGUUUCCAGCAGCCUUUGCUCCCCCAAGAUCUCUUUUCCCUAUCAAUGAGCCUUGAUUGGAACUGGGUCGAGAUGAGCGGAGGGGCGUAUCCCACGGUCGAAAACGGGAACUUUGGCGGCCUUGAGAAUACCGGGGUCCUGGACCCAAGACAGCAGCAACAGUGA